UCCUACCGCUUCACCAGCUGUGUUUUUAGAACUGAAAACACAAAGAGCAUUUAAAGUACAGGCUUGGUUAGGGAUACGUUGUUGGUGAGCGCUUGAAGAGGAUUUCAUUAUAAAAACAAUUAAUUGUUCCAUUAGAGUUUUUGUAUGUGUAGAAGAAUUGUUAGAGUGCCUGGUUCUCCACAUGUAUCAAUAGUUACCCUUUUAUUUAUCAGUUUGAUGAACAUCUGAAAAGAAAUGGGUCCUCGUACAGCAGACAGUACUUCUAAGAAUGAAAAAGCCACUAAGAGUGGGAGCUGUGUUGGUCCAGCAAGACCCAGGCUAAGAAGCAGCAGCGAUGGAAGCAUUUACACCAGAAGAACAGUUGGUGACCGCAGUUCUUUCUCUUCCCUCACACUCUCCAACCCUAAAUCAGUCCUGAGAAGACCAGUGAGCACAGAGGAACUGCAAACACCAGGCGGCCCCUACAUUAAGAAAACAUUCACAAUUGUGGGUGAUGCAGUGGGAUGGGGGUUUGUGGUUAGAGGAAAGCAGCCAUGCUACAUUCAGGCUGUGGAGCCAUUUGGUCCAGCUGCUGCUGCUGGGAUGAAGGUACGACAGUUUGUGGUCUCUGUGAAUGGUCUCAAUGUUCUCGAUCUGGACUACAGGACAGUCAGCCACCUGAUCCUCACUGGACCCAGAACUGUAGUGAUGGAGGUGAUGGAGGAAAGAGACCACUGGGGAGAAGAAGAAAUGCAAUUUACUCAAGAAUCAAACUAGAGAAUAGUUACCAUGUGUUGAGAGGCAGGAUAGGUUCUUUUUAGAUUACAGGUUUGAAUCAACUUUGUAGCGCAGUAUUUUAACAAAGACGCAUGGGAUCUUGUGUUAUGAAAAUUAGAAAAUUCAGUCUUAGAUGAACACAUCGGCCAAUUCACCAACAACCUGAUGAUUUAGUCCAAGAGUUCAAUUAUUGUCAUUUAUGGCAUUAAGAAUUGGUACAAUGUUUAAAUUCAAGCCUUAAAAUUGUUGGAACGGGUUCUGCAGAAGAAUGAAAUGCAUUGUAUUUCACUGGCAGCUAAAAGGUUAUUGGAAUAUCUGAAACAAUAAAUAGCUCAUAUGUCUUUAAAUGGGUUGAAAAUGUUUUUUAAAAAAUCAAUCAAGUUUAUUUGUAUAACACAUUUCAGCUACGAGGCAGAUCAAAGUGCUUUAUAUCAUGAAAACAUAAAAACAUAAUAAGCACCUCAAUUUUGACAAAAAAGACAUCUGUGUCUGACAAAAAUGUGAGCAAUAGGUGAAAACAGUAUGCAUGCCUCAGCAAAAAUGUAUUGUUUUAAAACUAGAACUGCUCCAAUUGAAAAUUGGUUAUUUAAAAGCUUGUAAAGUGCCUUAAAACGUGUCCUACAAAGUCACAUUGGGUUGUUAGGAAAAAUUCAGAAAUAAUUCCACCUAUCUUGUGUUUCCCUUUUCAACAUACCAGCAUAUGUGCCUUAUGAGCCUAUUUCACCUCCUUGCAACUGUUAGACAACCCAUCUGAGCCAACACACAGCACAGCAUUUAUGGUUGCAGUUAUCAUUUGAGUAUCUUCGAGUUUAAGUCAGGAUCUAUCUGAUGUGUCAUUUGACCUAAAUAGUUUUUAAACCUGAUUUAAUUUGGUUCAUCAUAAUUUCUACCUAUUAAAUGCUAACCUCAGUGUCCAUGGGAGGAUAUAUUGAAAACAUAUUCUGGAAUUAAUCGUGCUGUUCUCUUUCCUUUUCUGAGGUUACUUGGACUUUAAACUCUGCCACUUUACUGCCUGUCUGUUCACAAACCCAGUAUCAACAGAAGGAACAUUUCCACUGAUCUGCUCACACAAAAACAUGUCUGGCCACAAAAAAAACACCCCUCUACGGCCUCCCCUGAUUGUGUUUGUCUUUCCAUCCACAACAUUCUGAUUCCCA